UAUCAAUUGCAACGCACACAAUUCAUCGCUUCCUUCACACCGUCAAGAUGCCCGCCGCCACUCAGCCUCGACCUAUUUUGAACGUCGCAAUUAUCGGCGUCGGCGAGGUCGCCAUGACCACUCACCUACCGACCCUCCUCCUGUGCUCUCAUCUAUUUCGGACCCUGGCCAUCGUCGACAUCAGCCGAGAUGCGCUUCGACACUGCGCCGAAAAGUUUCACAUUCCCAACACCUUCGAGGACGUGGACGAGAUGUUGCAAAAGGUCCCUGAGGUAGACGUUGUCAUGAUCAUGAAUGCCAACGAAUAUCAUGCUAUACACGCUGUCAAGUGUCUCGAGGCGGGGAAACACGUGUUCAUCGAGAAACCCAUGGCCAUCUCCCAUCAAGACGCACAGCUGAUCGACAGUGCUCGAGAACAUGCCGACCGGAUCGUCUUUGUCGGCUACAUGCGGAGGUAUGCUACAGCCUUCCUUCGGGUGAAAGAAAUCGUAACGUCCUUGACCAAAGGGCAGAUCAAUUACGUUAAAGUGCGAGACAUCAUCGGACAGAAUGCCUUCUUUGUGGACGAGAGCGGUACCUUUCCUCGUCAAUUCGCAGACUUUCCCAAGAGCGCCAGCGAGGAGAGGCGUCAACUGUCGAAAGAGAUUCACUCCCGAGCACUAGGAGACAAGGCCGAUAGCCCCCGUGAUAUCAUGACCUGGGCAUUGUUAACAGGUCUGGCGAGUCACGAUCUGUCUGCGCUGCGAGAACUGAUCGGGAUGCCAAAGAGCGUGUUGGCUGCUACGAGAAGUCCGAGCGGCUUGUUUCUGACGGUCCUUUUCGAGUACGAAGGGUUCUGUUGCCAUUAUGAGAUGGGUGUUGACUCGGUCAAGCAAUUCGACGCGCAUAUCGAGAUCUUUACUCAGGAUAGUCACAUUCGAGUAAACUACGAUACCCCGUAUAUCAAGGGUCUUCCAAUCACGGCCACCGUCAUCUCGACCAAGUCCAAUGGCGAUCACGUCGAAGAGAACAUCCGGCCGACAUUCAAAGAUGCCUACACGCUCGAAUACGAAGCGAUGUAUGGGGCGAUUGUCGAUGGCGAUCCCGUCAAGACGGAUGCCAAAGAUGCCGACAAAGACCUAGAGAUCUUUGAUAUGAUUAUGGAGCGCCUGGUCGAUCUCUGCUAAUCCUAGUCCAAGGAAGGCUCAUGCAUAUCACAUUUCCGUAAUUGGAAAUUACAAUUUGUGCGCUGAUU